GUGGCACUGCGGCAGUGCCGAUAGAAAACAGCGCCUAUCUUUCGCACUGCGGCAGUGCCGAUAGCCAUUACACGACGACUGCGAAAUUUUCAGUACAGUAAUUUGUUGUUUUUAAUGAGCUUUAUAUGAUUAAUUCACAUUUUUAAUAUCCUCAACAUGGAUUGUAUUCUAACAUUGUGUAAACGAUGUACAAAAUGCUGCAGCUACCUCAUCUUGGCUCACAGGUCCUUUUCAUCAUCAAGUAUUGCUUUAGAAGCAUCUGAUUUUUAUGAUGUUCUAAAUGUAUCAAGAACUGCAAGUAGGAAAGAGAUAAAACAGGCUUAUUUUUCACUGUCAAAGCAGCUUCAUCCAGAUCGAAAUCUAUCAAACCCUAAUCACCAUAAGAAGUUUGUAGAGCUUAACGAAGCUUACAAUGUCCUCAGCAAGCCACUUUCAAGGCGACAGUAUGAUGAGAGGCUCUCAAGAUUGAGAUGGGGGCAGAGUACUUCAGGUGCAAGUUCCGGCCAACCACACUCCAACCACUACAAUUGGUACCAUGAAGUAAACCAUUCAGUGCAUUCACCAAACUCAAAGAAAGGACAUUUUAGGGGUUACUAUGGUAUACAAGGUGUUGACAAGCUGAGUAACCGUAUGAUUUUGUACGGUGUUCUUAUCUACUUCGUAGCUGGUAUUAUUGUGCAUUAUUUAGUAUAUCAACAAAGCAGUGAAUAUACACAGCAGCAGUUAAAUGAAAAGGAUAAAAAGAUAGCGCUGAUUUAUGAUGUCGCUAAAAAGAGAGCUAUGGAAAAUGGAAAUCAGAAGCAGAUGCAACUAAUACGCAAAACACACGAAGACUUGCAAAGCCAACGCUUACACUACGUCAACGAUGAUGACUGACAGUGUCCGGAUAUUGAAAUCAAAAGUCGAAUUUGAUAUUAAAAAUAGUGAAAAGUGAAUGAUGGGUGGAUGAUGGUGUUUUGUUUUUAUAUGUCAAACUCAUCAGUGUCAUGUGCUGUCAUGACGCUGGUACAAAAUUUGACAACUGGAUUAUUCUGUUGUUCUUACCAUGGCUUGAGAAAAAGCCUUUUGCAGUAUUUUUUAUCCUGUAGCAUAGAUUAGCUUGUUUCACUGUGAAUCUAUUACUAUGGGAAUUUCUUGGUUCCUAUAUACUACUGCUGUGUUGUUUCAAAAGUUAACUUUAAUGAAUUUGUUACUAUAGUACUUCUGUUACUUAUAGGCUAAUAAAAUGAAUUUUAAAGAAAUGGUUUAUUUAUCUAAUUUAAUCACACUUCAUGAUGAAUAAAUUAGUCUGUCAGAUAAGAUCAUAUUCAGUUUGAUGUUUGUCUGUCAAAUUCAACAGACCUUUAUGACAACUUUCAACAGAUUAAAGUCAGCCACUCACUGCAUCGUAUGAUGAAUCAAACUUAACUCACCUGGGAGCGCUAGGCAAUGUGACGCCGUCUACUGAUUGUCGGUGGCAGUCUGAACGGAUCAUCAUUAAAAACGAUCCGAUGUAUCAUCAUUAAAAACGAUCCGCUGUGUGCGCGUUGUGGCAGAAAAAAUGGCAUUCGUAAAACCAGGUAUAUUAGAACCCGAAGAAAAUCACUUCAAAUUCAAUAUUAUGUAUGAAAAGUGAAGGAAUUCCUUAAAUCAAUGGAUAUAUUAUAUGAAUAUUGUUAUGAAAAUUAGGCAUAUUAUUCAAAUGCAUUGGUCCAACAUAAAAGAAGAAUAUGCAUUAGAAACUGGAAAACAUUUAAACUCACAGCACUGAAUAUUAAAAUAUAUAAUUAUUAUAAACAAUGAAAAAUUUAAAUAUACAGUAUUAAUGUAUAUAUUUAAGUAUAUUAAUAUAUUAAGAGAAAUCAAAUUAAUAAUAUACAAAAUAUAUAUUUUAAAAAAAUGCAUUAAAAAUAAUAUAUUAUAAUUAUUAAUUAUAUACAAUAUAAUUUUGGAUUUUAAUUGCUUGGUUGUUAAAGUGCUUGUCUUCUUGUUCCAGGGUUCUGGGUUCAAUUCUAACAGUAGCAGGAUUUUUCUUUCAUUUUUUCAUUGGUUUAUAAAACAUAAUUCCUCCAUGGUCUAUGCAGAGCAUCUUGUGUUAAGGGAUUCACACUUCACUAAGUGUGAUCAAUGCUUCUUCGAAUGUGAAGUAAUUAAAUUUAUUACAUGUUGAAGAAAA